CUCAACCCUCGAUCCGUCCGUCACUACCACCACCACCACAGACACCUCAUCAUGUCCGCCCGCCUAGCAUUUUCAUCCCUUCGAGCGGCCACCACGCCCCUCGCAAGCUCGAGCCGCCAAGUACUUCGCAGCACCGCCGCCGCCGCUGCCCCGGUCUUCAAGCCGCGCUCCUACGCUACGGGUGCUGAGCCCUCAGCCGCCGUCUCGCCUGCUUCGGACCCUGCCACACCGCCGCCGCCUGCCGGUGGUGCUUCUGCCUCGUCAUCGUCAGCAGCACCAGCUUCAGAUCCCAGAAUCUCGGGCAUCGUCGACCAGAUUGAGGGUCUGACUCUUCUUCAGGCGAGCGAGCUCGUGUCGCUUUUGAAGACACGCCUUAAUAUCCAGGACAUCGCUCUCCCCGCAGCUGGCUCGGCGGGCCCUGCUGCUCCUGCCGCCGCCGCUGCCCCCGCCGAGGCAGAGGAGGAGAAGCCCAAGGAGAAGACCACUUUCAACCUGAAGCUCAAGGCCCUCAAGGACCCCUCGGCGAAGGCCAAGGUCAUCAAGGAGGUCAAGGCGAUCAACCCGGCGAUGAACCUGGUCGAGGCAAAGAAGUUCGUCGAGAGCGCACCGCAGACGCUCAAGGAGGGCCUGAACAAGGAAGACUUGGAGAAGUUGAAGGCCGCGAUUGAGGCCGCAGGUGGUGUGGUCGAGGUGGACUGAUGUGGAGAUAGUGAGAGAUGAGGAAGCAGCUUGGUGACAAGCAGAGGGACGACACAUAUGUACUUCAAGAAGGGGGGCGAGACUGCAAUAUCGACCUCUUCACGCACG